AUGUCGUCCAAACGCGAGCUCUCAGACGUCGACGAGGGCGAAAUUUCAGAACCUGGCCCAAAGCGACCAAGGAAACAAACUGGCGCCACGCCUCGACACCAGCACCAAAACUCGUCAAUAGAUCCAACAUGGGGUCAAAAAUACGUCUUUUCGAGCCUGGAGGAUGCAACCACGAUUCCCUAUGGCGAGGAGUCUGAUUUCGAGGAUGAUGCCGACGCCAUGGCAUAUCUCAUGUCGGUCAGAAAACAAGCGUACAACAUUCCUCAUUUGCUCGUUGCGCCAAAGGUCCAAAUUGGACCACAGCUUCCACCAGAGCUGCAAGAUGAGAAAGACGACGACGACGAAGACGGCGAGGAAGGCGAAAUCGAUCGGACCAUUUAUACCAAUGGGAUCGGCGACAGUAGGGGAUACUACGACGAUGGGGCAUACAUUGCCAUGCCAGAAGACGAACCAAGAGCCGAGAACGAGGCUGGAGAUGAGGCCGAUAUCGAGUGUGAUGAAAAGGAGCUUCACGAAGCGUAUUUCUCUUCGAUCAUGAGGCAAUAUAAUCGCCUUCGCAAAACCCUACAUUCAGAACCGCCGUCAGACGCCUCAAAAAAACUAUCUUCCACACAAGCCACCUACGCCGCACCGUUCGGUCCAAAAUCCAACACCAACAAAACAUGGGCAAACAUCAUGCGCAACACAGAUCCGCACCCACUCCAACUAGCGCUCAUGUCCAAAGAAACGGUAAUUCGCGUUCUGCGCGUCCUCAUAGGAGGUACGUUCCUGCGACGGGGCCACACUCUGUCUGAAAGAACGAGUCAAUGGCUCUGGGGGCUCCUUGCACGACUCCCUGACCGUGGGGAGCUCAAUCAUGCUGAGAUUGGAUGGAUACGAGACCUUGGUCGACGUGCCGUCUUGCUGGGUAGAAGUUUGGCUGAAAUGGCAGCCUUACGAGACGAGUUGGAAGACGGACAGUUGGGAGUGAAUGAGGCGGUGGACGCGAGCAGCAGCGACGAGGAUGUGGUGGGGGUUGAUGCCGAUUAUUUAGACGACAUGGAUAGCCCAGAUGAAAAUGAUACCCCGGCGGAGGAAGCUACCAAGGACAGAGAUGGUGAGAACGAAGUUACCAAUGAUAAGGAUGGUGAGAAAGAAGUUGGCGAGAUUCAAGAAUCUGAGGCCGGAGACGUAGCCAUGGAUAUAGAAUCUGGCUCUGACACGGAUGGCGAUGGCGACGCCGAAGAAGGUGAAGCUGAUGAAGACCUAGAAGCCGCCAAGAGAGGCUUACUAGCUCGUCUGGCUGCCUCUGCUUCCGAUACAGAGCUGGAAGUGGAUUCUCAGGAGGAAGCUAGAGUGCGAUUACGCAUGAAUAUGCGUGCUACGCUCACCAUGAUUUUAACGGUUGCUGGGGAGUUUUACGGCCAGCGAGAUCUGUUGGAGUUUCGGGAACCCUUUGUGGGAAUGUAA